AUGGGAUUUUUGAGUGGAGUGCUUGGUGCGGUGAAAAACGAAAAUGAAGUGACAACUUAUGAUAAAUACAUCGAAAACAAUGAGAAAAGACUUAAUAAAGUAAUAGAGAAACUAAAUAAUAAAAUUGGCUCCGGGCGUACUGGGCUUGCGGAGUCUGUCGGCGCGGUGAGGGGGUGGUUGGAGGGGUAUGGAAAAAAAUUAGAUGAAAAAACAAAAAAUGUCAUUACGCACUUAAAAACACUUAGCGAAAACAUAGAUUCUAAUAUAAUUAGUGUAACUGCAUUGCGUGAUUUUCAUAGUGCCGCUAGUGGCUGGAAGAGUACCGUCAUAGGCGAUUUGCAGGGGACCUUAAAGGAUGCCGUCGACGCCUUUGGUGAACUUGACAAAGAUUUGCAGGGAACGCUUCAGACGGACAUUAAGCAUAUUGAGGUACGAAUUAAUGAUUUUGCAGGUAUCGCAGAGAGGGAUCACGAAGAACUGAGGUCUCUUGGCUCUAAGGUGAUUGAGCAGUUGAUGGAGCUUGAUUCAGACACAUCUGAAUACGUCACCAAGCGAGGGCAGGUGUUGAUUAAUUCCAUGAAGAAGACAUUUGAUGAUGAAAUAAAGCUACCUAUGAGAAUCUUAACACGUUCCUUAUCGGACGCAUAUGGCGCUUUGUAUAGUUGGGGAGAUGUUGCUAUGAAAGUUGUAGAUGCUGCUACUGUGAAAGUCGACGAAAUAUUGCAAGAGAUUGGCGAAGGAGUUGAAGCAAGAGAAAAACAGGCUGUACGACAGGCAGCGGAGGCGCUGCAUCAAAAAGCAGGCGUGCUUCUACGCGCUAUCAAGGCGGCAAAACUUAAAUUAGUACAGAGGGUUCUUGGGGCGCAGAAUGUAGUCCGAUCAAUGGAUUAUUCUCUGCGGACAGAUUUGCAUAAGUUAAAGCAAAAGAUUGUGAGUGAGAUGAAAAAUCAUGUUAAGGCGCAGAUACUGGAAUAUAUAAAAACGGAAGUUCAUGAAAUUAAGGGAACCAACGGUAUUGAAGGUAUUACUGGAAAAAUGCAGAAGUAUGUACAGGCCUUCAAGGACGAUGCGUUCGAAGAAAAAGUAAAGGAAUGGGUGAAACAAAUAUUGCAGGAGAAUGAAGCAGUUAAGUAUUGGAUUACGCAGUACGUUAAGUACAAUGAAAGUAAAGGUAGUUUACAGUCGGAUUAUAUAAAUGUGACCAGGGAUGGUAUUAAGGACGAAAAGGCCGAAGAAAUUGCAGGUAUAAUCACAGGAAAGAUAAAAGAUAGCGUCAUUGCACCAUCUGUUAAAGAAUUCAAAGAACUGUUUCAACGAAUUGACGCAGGCGGUGCUAGUAAGAUUCAAGAACAUAUUGAAGCUGUUAAGGGAGGUUUGAAAAGUUUUGUAGCCCAACUCGGAAAAUAUAUUACUGAACAUUCUAUGAAUGUGGGAGAGAUAGUUACAGCUGUUGAGGGGGUGCUUAAGAGCAAAAGUAAUAUUGGGGAAUACGGCAAUUACAAUCUUAGGUCUGCUAUUGAAAAUAUCGUAGCUGCUGUGCAAUCAUCUGCUAGUCGGAUUGCAGAAGAGAUGGAAGCGUUUACAGGUGAUACUGCUCCAAUGGUAGGAAGCUGCGUGGAUAAAGCGUUAGAAAAAACCACCGCACUUUUGCAGAAUCUGCUAAACGCUACUAUCGAUCCACCUGGUUCCACUUUUGCGCAUAGCUCAGCGCCUAGAGUAAAUCUUGCUGAGGAGAUUGAUAAAAUUGCUGAUAAAGUCAAGGAGCAAUUGCCGGAUGGCGGUACUGACCACGAUACUAAAGACACCGUUGAUUUACUCAAAGCCGAUAGAAGCUUCGUAGGUUAUAAAACCUACAUUGAACCCAAGGUGAUCACUUCAUUUUUCACAAUUCCUCCAACCGGGGCGCUCCCAGAUGCAAUAAACGAGAUAGAAAAACAAGUUAAUGAAGACCUCGAUAAUAUUGAAGACAGUAACGGUCAUAUGAUUACUGUAGAAGCAAUAAAGGGUGCUCUAGCACUGUUUCAAUCACAAUUUAGAAGCUUCGCAAGCAUCAUAUGUGUGUUGGUUGAUCAUAAUGGCAUACCAAAUGGUGAUGGCCCAAAUAACAAAAGAGGCGUGAAACAAUUAUUAAGAGAUUUGAAUGAGAUGUGCAUUAGCAAAACCGCUGGCGGACUCUAUGGCGUAGAGUGUGAUUUAGCUAAAAUCCUAACGAAAAUUGAUGGGAUCCUAUGUAAGGAUUCAACUCACAAUCUUAACAAACUCAUCGCCGCCGCUGGCGAAUUCCAUAAGACAACAAUCGCAACAAGAGUGAAUCAAUGUGUUAGCAAAAUGACCGAUUUCAUCCACGAUCAAGUUAACUUGAGAAUCAAUCUGAUCAUGUGCGAUGCCUUAAGCCGGUACGUUAACAAUGCGAAGCAGCAGUUGAUGGAACUGAACACUUUGGUCAAAAAUAAGAUAAGGGAAUUUGACGUUAUAAUUAAAAAAGAUUUGACCACCAAAAUGAAAGGACUGAUGCUAACUCUUAGCGGCGUUCGGGUGGAUUCGCAACGUUCCAAACCGAAUAAGCUUGAUGCUCUGAAAAGUGCCGUGACUGGAUCCGAUAUGGAUUUCGCUACUCAAUUUCAAGUAUUAUCCGACAAAUCGGAGAGAUAUCUGAACUCGAUUGUUACUUACGUAUGGAACGAUCUGGGGAAAGCGACGGACUCCCAAACUCGAGAUGCUCACGUCUCAAUGGUUGUAAAACUAAGAGACUCCGUUUACAAGUUGCUCACCCACCUCAAGAACAAUUUCAGUAAAACUUCUAACUUCGAUCUUCAUUUUGUUAAUUUGCAUGAUGAGCUCAAAAUGAUCCUCGAAGGAUUAAUUCCUGUGGAGUUUGGCGCCACGUCCUAUCCCAUCCUCGACGCUCUUAAAAGCGGUUUGACCGAGCUAGCAAAUGAGUUAGACAACACAUAUGUUAACAAAUACUCGGGAGCUAACGACAUAACUUGGGAAGAGAGUCGAGGUUCAGCCGGUAAGAGGAAAUUAACAGUUGACGGUCGAAAGUGCGCCAAAGUAUGCCUUACAAUAGUUCCGAUGCUAACCGACGGAUUGAAGGAGCUGAAAGAUGGGCUUGAGGAUGAAGGUUGGCAAGAGUACAAAAUAUAUAAUGAUUCCAACUCCAACCACAGCUUACAUAGACGCUUCUUCACCGAGAACGGAUAUGACGUCGGUGUCUCCAUCGGUUCCAAGUACGGCGAAUUGAAUCACAAUGACGAGUGCAAUGGCCAGCGUAUUCUUGGUCAUCUAAUGCAUCAGUCUUACAAAUUAUUUACUUCCAGCUCCACCCAACAGCGUUCUCUACCUGCUACCGAUGACAUCUCCGUCGUGGAGGUUGAGGAGGGCGGUCGACUCUCGGACCUAUUUAGCCACCUUUACAACUACUUCCGCGUCUGCCACCUCGGCGCUCCCUCGAAGAAACACCCGUGCUCCGUUAACGAGAUGCUGUGCUGGCUGACCGGACUGCCACACAAUGGCGUAUAUGAGAAGCUGCGGAAACAUGUCAAAACGCUCUUCGAAGUGCCGGAUGAAAACGAUCCAACUAAGAAAAACAUCGAACCCAUCAAUGCCUCUCCUCAGCGCAUUACGCAUGACAAUGUCAAUACCGUUAUCGAACAAGUCUGUGCCAAGUCCUACGCCCUGCUGACCACAUUCGUCGGCACAGGUGACGAGGCAACGUACUACGCGUGUGAGUUCCCUAACAACACGCUUGGUUUGCAGUAUCCAUCCAAUCCAGCCGACUGCCUCGACACGCUGCUAGACAUACUCCGUCGCAUAAUCCCGCCGUUGAAAUUCCUGUUCAUGCAAUGCGGCCAGCCAGCGUCUGAAAAUGGUUGGUUGCGCUGCCUGUACGGCAAGAAUGUAGCGUCCUCCAAGUGGCCGUGCAAGGAGCACUCAAAGAGCAAAUCAAAGUGCGAAGCAAAAUGCCAACCAACGUGCGGACCAACGUGCCAACCAAAUUGCCGGCCAACGUCUCCACUUCAGUCCUACCUAUCCGACUCUCUCACCGGCCAUCUGCCGCAUUCUCUAACGUCCAUCGGCUGCAGAGCUGAGUGUAAUACAUGUCCUAAGGGUAAGCCAGGGAUGCCCUGUAUCACUCCGCUCGGGUUCCGUGGCUUCUCCGGGUCGACCAAGACAGGCUCCUACCUGUCCGCAGUCAUCGGGGAUUUCUUAGAUAUUGCAAAUAUUCAUACCCUGUUUGGCCUAUCACCUACAACGCCAAAGACGCUGCCGGAACACUUCGAUUUUGUUUCGUGUCUUGUGCGUGGGUGGCAUAAUAGUACAAACAAAUACCGUAAGGUUGGAGUCCAAGAAGCAUUCGAGAACUCCGCCCGCAGCUUGUCCAUCAAGCUGUAUAAGCAGCCUCACGAGCUUACUGAUGCGCUGCGUUAUGCCUAUGGUGACACGAAGGCUGCUAAGGUUGAGCUUAUCCAUAAACCUCCACAUGCUACGUUGGCAACUCUGUCGAUGAUAACAUCAAAUGACCCUAACCAAAAGGCAUAUUGUUCUCCUUAUAUGUUACCUCUCUGCACAAAUGCCUACACGUGUCUGCCAUUCAAGAACUCUAAUACGUAUCUCUCCUGGGCCAUCUACCUCCCGUGGACAUUCUGGGACCUGCUCAACAAUCUAUACAAGGCCUUCUGCUCCAUCAACUGCCAGGACUGGGGAUGCCGUGGAUGUCUACGUGGUGAUAAGUGUAAGAAGGGGGAGCAUGGAUCUGUCAACGACGUUACGAAGAAAUGUAACUGCCAAUGCAGAUCCAUCGUUGACUGCAAAGGCGUGGCACCAACGCUCUACCAGUUCGGUUUCGCCUUUGGUGAGGCGUCGACGUUGAAUGACAAAGCAUCGCCGAAAAGGUGCUCUGAUUUCUGUAGUCAAUUGAAGAAUGUUUUAAAAUCGAAAUAUUUCGAAAAAUUGUUUGAAGAAUGUGACAACUUCCUCUGGAUCAUCAGACAACCCUUCUCCUACCUUGUCCUCGCUCUCUGGCUCCUCUCUUUCCUGUACCUCCUACACAUCAUGGUCAUCCGCCUCGACCUGCUCCACAUCAAAUCGCAUUUGCAUAGUCCCUCGAGUCAUCGUAUUGCUGCUCAAUCACUACUUGCAGCCGCACGUGUUAACAAACUGGGCAAAGUGUUUUAUCUGCAACCAUAA